AUGGCAGCGAUGAAGCGGCGGGGCCGCAGCCGGCAGUUGGAGGCUGGGGGGCCGCUCUCGCUAAGAGAUGCUAAAAACCUAGUUCCUAUGGAUCCUAAUGGCCUGUCAGAUCCCUACGUGAAGCUUAAACUAAUCCCCGACCCCAAAAAUGAAAGCAAACAGAAGACCAAAACUAUCAAGUGCUCCCUGAAUCCUGAGUGGAACGAGACAUUUAAAUUCCAACUGAAGGAGGCGGACAAAGACAGGCGGUUGUCGUGGAUUUUGACCAGUAGGAAUGAUUUCAUGGGCUCCUUGUCCUUCGGGAUUUCCGAGCUGCAGAAAUCGGGAGUGGAUGGAUGGUUUAAGCUGCUGAGCCAGGAGGAAGGGGAGUAUUUCAAUGUCCCGGUGCCUCCUGAGGGAGAAGAAGGAAACGAGGAACUGAGGCAGAAGUUUGAGAGAGCCAAGAUUGGAACAGGCUCCAAGGCUGCGGAUGAGAAGACGACAAAUGCCAUUUCUAAAUUCGACAACAAUGGGAGCAGAGAUCGGAUGAAGCUUUCGGAUUUCAAUUUCCUGAUGGUGCUGGGAAAAGGCAGCUUUGGGAAGGUGAUGCUGGCGGAGAGGAAGGGCACGGACGAGCUCUACGCCAUUAAGAUCUUGAAGAAGGAUGUCGUUAUCCAGGAUGACGAUGUAGAGUGCACGAUGGUCGAGAAACGUGUCCUGGCUCUGUCUGGGAAGCCUCCCUUCCUGACCCAGCUCCACUCCUGCUUCCAGACGAUGGAUCGCUUGUAUUUUGUGAUGGAAUAUGUGAAUGGUGGGGACUUAAUGUACCAGAUCCAGCAGGUUGGGAGGUUUAAAGAGCCGCAUGCUGUAUUCUACGCAGCAGAAAUAGCCAUCGGCCUCUUCUUCCUGCAGAGCAAAGGCAUCAUUUAUCGGGACCUAAAGCUGGACAACGUGAUGCUGGAUAGCGAGGGGCACAUAAAGAUUGCGGACUUCGGCAUGUGCAAGGAGAACAUCUGGGACGGGGUGACUACCAAGACCUUCUGCGGCACUCCAGACUACAUUGCACCCGAGAUAAUUGCUUAUCAGCCCUAUGGGAAGUCUGUGGAUUGGUGGGCAUUUGGAGUCCUGCUCUAUGAGAUGUUAGCUGGCCAGGCUCCCUUUGAGGGAGAAGAUGAAGACGAGCUCUUCCAGUCCAUCAUGGAGCACAACGUAGCCUACCCGAAGUCCAUGUCCAAGGAGGCAGUGGCAAUCUGCAAAGGGCUGAUGACCAAGCACCCCGCCAAGCGACUGGGAUGUGGCCCAGAGGGGGAGCGGGACAUCAAGGAGCACGCCUUCUUCCGCUACAUCGACUGGGAUAAGCUGGAGCGCAAGGAGAUCCAGCCUCCCUUCAAGCCAAAGGCUAAGGACAAACGCGACACUUCCAACUUCGACAAAGAGUUCACCCGGCAGCCGGUGGAGCUCACACCCACGGACAAACUCUUCAUCAUGAACUUGGACCAGAACGAGUUUGCUGGAUUCUCCUACACUAACCCCGAGUUUGUCAUUAACGUGUAG